UCUACUAGGCGGUUUCGGCCGAUCACACGACCCUAAAAUCCGCGUUUCCGCUGAAUAAAUUCGAAUUAAUUAUGGAGGAUAGUGCCAGCAACCGCCUUCCUCACCUUCUCGGCUUCCGCCGCGUGGCUAUUUCCCUCCUUUGCUUGUUCCCCUUCCUCCUAUUUCUCCCCUCCCUCUCUCUCCUUCCCCGUAAAAUCUGAACCCAAACCCUAUAUUUUUUAAAGCUUGGAUGGAAAACACGACGAUGUUCCUUUCUUUUGUGUCGCUCCAAUGAAACUUUUCUAGUUUGUGACUUUUGUGUCGUUGAGUUUUGCGCAAUGGUGGAGGUUUCGGAGAGUACUGGAUUGAAGGAGGAGGAUGAGAUCGAGCUGGAUCUAGGGUUGUCAAUCGGCGGGAGUUUUGGAAAGCCAGAGAAAUUGAAGCCGAUGAAGAAGAUUCAUGUUCUUUCGGUUGAUUCGAAAUCUGACGGGGAUGGUGUGGAUGUGAAGGACAAGCAUUCUGGUUUUUCAAGAUCCGGCGAGUCCCCGAGUUUCGCAAAAGAUGCGGGGGCUGUGGACUCGCAGGCGAAGCGGAAGAUGCAUGCGUUACGGAGAUAUGAAGCGAAGAAAAAGAGAGAAGAGAAGCAGCAGCAGAAGAGGGGUACGUGUAGAGCGAGGAACGGACAGUACCGAAACGAGUGUCAAAUAGAGGAGGAGCAGCCGGCUAGUAAGAAAGAGCGGACGGACGACGGUAUGAUGAAUGUGAAUCUGAAUGAGAGCGAUGAUGAAAUGCAAAUGCUGCUUCAGCAGCAGCAGCACCGGCACAAUGACGUUCCGAAUCCAGUCCCGUUUCAAGCCUUGGCGGCGAUGGUACAGAAUCCGUACGCGCCGGUACAGUACGUGCCGUUCACGAACACGAACGGGCGCUUGGGUCUUCCUUCCGUAAUGCCAUGUUGGGCUCCCGUCGGUAGCGCGUUAGAGCCAUCUGCGUCGUGCUGGAGUUUCAGGCAGUACAAGGGGAAUAAAAUGCCGGGACUCAAAUUGUCUAAUGGGUGCAAGUUGGAGCUAAAUGGCGAGAAAGAUGGAGGGAAUAGGAAAACGGAGUCUUAUAGCUCGCCAAUUUGCAGUUCCUCUGCAGGUUCGGAGGAGCGCAGUUCUUCCCACGAAGGAGGUGUUAGCGGCGGCAGUGACUCCCGAAGCCAGUCCAGUACUCACUCCUCACCAGAGAAACUUCAGUUGAAGGGUCAGAAAGCAAACCAUACAAAGGGGCAGUCAGAACACAGUUCUUCCUCUGAACCUGUAGAAUCCGACACUGGCAAUAUUAAUGAUAGAACAUCUAUCCCCAUUGAGAAAGUGCUUCAUUCGGUUACUGCCCAUCAACCUAGCCCAGCUGGACCUAUGGAAGAAGCCAUGCCAGAAACUGAAGCAAAACCAAGUGAUAACAGGCACAUUUCAAAUGCUGAAAAUGGAAACCCAAAUUAUCCAGUGAAGGAAGCCAAGGCAAACAUGGCCAGAAAGCCUCCCAAACCAAAGACUGGUCAUCAGAACCAAAAUACCCCUUCUCUUCCUCAAAUGCCAUAUGUAUCAACCACUGGGAAUGGUCCAAAUGGGAAAACCAUUACUGGAUUCUUGUACAGAUAUACAAAAUCGGAGGUUAGUAUCAUCUGUGUCUGCCAUGGAAGCUCAUUCUCACCAGCUGAGUUUGUGCAGCAUGCUGGAGGCACGGAUGUCUCCCAUCCCUUGAAACAUAUUACCGUCAUUCCUUCUGCCUUUGGAUGAUGCAUUGAACCCUGAUCGAUAAUUGGUAUGGAUGGGGGAAUCAGAAUGCAGGAUAAUGGGUAUAUAUACUCGAAGUUGGUGGAGCCUAAUUCCUACAAUGAAUGGUAGAGAGACUCGCAUCUAUCGCAUUUUGAUACACCCUUUCUUUCAACUUCUUUAGCAUCUAGUGGAUUUUGUUGACUUGAUGUCCUAUUCAAAGCAUGAGGUCUGCAAUCUUCUUCAUGCGAUUCUUGGUUUUGCGCUUACUCUAAUGGUCUAAUAUCAUAUCAUAAGAUAUCAUCUCAUCUUAUCUAA